CAGAAAAUAUGGGUGUGGAUAUUCAAACGUACCGGGCGAGAAUUGGCACCUACAGUAAUUCUAGGGCUGGUGAUGUAGUCACAGUGACCAAGCAGGUUAACAUCAGAGAUGGCAUUAAAACUAUAGGAUGUUUGAUAUUCAUUGGAAUUCUUUUAGUGAUGGCUGGCAUUGAACUUAACCCUGGACCGAGGGAGAAAGAUUCAACAUCUAAACGGACGCCUGCAAAUGCUAAAAUUCUUAAAGUGAGCGGCUUGCCAAAAAGCAUUGGGAAAGAUUCUUUGAUAAACAUUUUUGAAAAUACAAGGCGACAAGGGGGUGGCAAUGUUUUAAAAGUAGAUAUCGAUCAGAAUGACUCAUUUGCUCUUGUUGAGUUUGAGGAGCCGGAAGCUUUACAAUUAGUGCUGAGGAAAGUACCAAUUCAGAUAGAGGGUAAAGAAGUAUCUGUUGAAAUAUACAUUGAUGAAGGUUCUAUAGGUGAUGAUAAAAGCCGUGCUGGUGAAGUCUUUGCAGAUAAACCCAACAGUCUAGAAUCUGGUUCCGAUUUUGAGCAUGUAAAUAAGUCAGGCGCCGGUGCUAAAGUGACAGCUGUAAAACAUGCUAUUUCAAAAGGAUUUAAAAAAAGUUUCCGAGUUUUCAAGGGUAAAAAAGGUAAACUUACAUGCUAG